AUGGCUAAGGCGAAUACUCUCAUGGCGGACCAAUUCUUCUCCCCAGGACUCUUACUUGCCGAACACAUAGAGCGAGGUAUCAUCCCAGUUGAACGCCGAUCUAUGGUUGAGCUGGGAGCAGGGUGUGCUGUUCCAUCCUUACUCGCAUCCACGCUCGCGGAGCCGCCCGUUCUGGUGGUAAUCACAGAUUACCCCGACGACGCAAUUCUACGUAACCUAUCGCAAAGUCUCGAACGCAACCGCGCACACGUCACCAAUGGAUGCGCCGUCCACUGCCUGGGACACGACUGGGGAAAAGACGUCUCCCCCCUUCUGGACCUCUCUCCCGCGAGGCAGGGCUACGACAUCGUGAUACUCUCGGACCUUCUCCAUUUCGACGCCUCCCACUCCGAACUUCUCGCGUCGCUCAUCUCCCUUCUUCUCAGGUCACCGACUGCGCGUACGUACGUCGCGGCUGGUAAAUACACCCCGCCCAAGGUCUGUGACAAUUUCUUGCGCGCAGCCGAGCGCGAGGGUCUUCUGUGGGAGGAAGGCGACGAAGAGAGCAAGUGGCUGGGAACCCUCCCCGUCCGCGGCCGCGGGUUAGAUAAGGAGAACCUUGGUGUCAGGAAGACGAUGUGCAGAUGGUGGAUUGGCAAGUGGUCCGAGGACGCACUACGGUGA